AAACCAUCAUGUACAACAAAUAAUUCAAGUUUUUCUAAUAAUUUCAUAACAAUUAAUACUACUAAUAACAAUACUACUAAUAAUAAUAACAACAGUAGUACUAAUUUUCCUAUGCAUAAUAUCAAUAGUAAUAAUAAUAAUAAUCUAAAAUGUUCAUCAUUCAACUUUCUAUAUAAAAAAUGGUCAGAUAAAAGAAAUUCUCAUGGAUCUAAUGGUUUAUUAUCUAAUCAAUCAUCAAUCAUAACAAUACCAAAUGAGACAAUAAAUAAAAUAACCAUGCCAAAUACAAUUACAACAAUACCAUCAUCAACAAAACGUUCAUUUUCUAUAUCAAAUCCUCCAUUAAAUAAAUAUCCAUCAUCAAUUAGUUUAUUAAAAUUUAAUCAUCAUCCUUAUCAUCAUGGUUCAAUUCAUUAUCAUACACCACGUAGUCGUAGACAACGUCGUUAUUUAAGAGGUUUACUUGGAUUAUCUAUAAGUAAUUUAAGUUUAUCUAUAUGUUUACUUAGUUGGUGUAUAUGUCAAAUUAUUAUAUAUAAUAUUAAUGAACAAUAUUAUAUAUUAAAUGCAUGGUUAACAAUUAUAUCAUUAAUUAAUAUAUGGACUAUAGAUAUUGCACAAACAUUAGAAAUUGGUGCCAUUUUAUGGAUUGCAUUAGAACGUACACUUGGUAUACAUUGGCCUAGUGAAAUACAAACUAUGAAUAAUAAUAAUAAUAAUACAGACCUUUCAAUGAAAUGUAAUCUAAUCCAAUGUAAAUUUUCAUUAUUAAAAAAUAUGUUUAAAAAAUGUACAUUACAUAAUCAUUUUAAUUCUUCUUCCUCUUCUUCUUCUUCUUCUUCUCCUUGUUGUUGUUGUACACGUUUAUUCCUUAAUCAAUCAUCAUCAUCAUCACCAGCCUCAGCAACAACAUCACCCUUAGCAACAACAACAACGACAACAACAACAAUAAAUAAAAAAUAUCGUGAAAAACAAAAAUCAAUAAUUUGGUUUCUUCGUGUUAUUUUAUGUUUAUUACCAUUAAUUUUAUUUAUAUUAGCAUCAAUUUAUAGUUUAAUGAAUAUAAUACAACAAAUUAAAAAACAUAAAUUAUUAUAUCAUCAACAAUUACAAUAUGAAAUACAACCCCAACAUCAACCCCAACAACAACAACAACAACCACAGCAACAACAAUAUCAAAUUGAUAUUAUAUCAAAAUUGAAAACUACUUAUAUUACACAUAAUAGUAGUAUAAAUAAUGAUCAUCAUCAUAAUAAUAAUAGUUAUAUACAAUAUUUUAAUUCAUUAGUAGUAUAUAAUUAUUAUAUCUAUAUUACUAAUAAUUUAUUUACUAAAAAGCAUACAUUCUUAUCAUUACAUAAAAUUCAUAUUAAAUAUCAAACUUAUGUAUAUUAUACUAAAUCUAUUAUACCAGCAUUAAUCAUUGGACAAUUUUUAGCACCAUUAGCAAUUUUAAUUACAACAAAUUUAUUGAUUUAUCAAAAAGUAUCAUCAAGAGAUAAACGAUUUUUCUCUAGACAAUCAAGUAAUACUAGUAAAUCAUCAUUUAUAUCUGGUACAUCGAUUUCAUCAAUCAAUUCACCAACUCAAAGAAAAUUAACUACAACAACUAUUAAUUUUCCAAUACCAUUAUUACGUGUACUUGAAAGUAGUAAUCAAGAUAUUCGAAUUAAUCUUGACGACGACAACAAUACUACUACUAAUAAUAAUAAUGAUAAUACAUCUGAGGAGUAUAAUACACUAAUCAAUAAACCUUUCAAUGAUCACUUAGAAACUAAACAAUCAAUAUCCAAUUUAAAAAAUCAAAAACAAAAUACACUUUUAGUUCCUUUUAUUGAUAUAAAUGAGAAUAGUUUUCAAUAUUCAUCUAUUAAAAAUUUAUCAAAUACUACUCCUCCCCCUCCUCCUUCUCCUCCUCCUCCUACUACUACCAUGACAACUAAUUCAUCAUUAUAUCAUAGAAAUAAUAGUAGUAUUGAUAAUAAUCAAAAAUAUUUAUUUAAUGAACGAAGAAAUAGUACAUCAAUUAUUCAACCAAUGAUAUCCUAUAAUGAAUUCUAUGAGAAUAAUUCCAAUAUAACAUUAACAUCAAAAAGAUUAUUGACUACUACUACUACUAAUACUAUGAAUACUACUCAUAAUAGUUGUCAACUGACAACAUCAACAAAAACUUCACCACCACCACCACCACCACCACCACCAUCAUCAUCAUCAUCAUCCUCAACAUCCACAACAACAACAACAACAACAACAACAUCACCAUCCUAUCGAUUCAAUGAAUCAAAUAUCAAAUUAUCUACAAUGUAUACAAUACAAAAACGUCGUAAAAGUACUAAUGAUAUAUUGAAUUUAUUAUUUCAAUCACGUACAACAGAUUUUAUGCAUACAAAAUCUACUACUGAUGAAUCUAUAUUGAUACAAGUAUUAAGACGACAACAUAAACGUACAUUACGUAUAUUAAUUAUAUUAUUAUUAAUAUUUAUUAUAUGUCGUGGACCAAGAUCAUUCAUAUUAAUUAUACAAUGGUUACAAUAUUAUACUUAUUAUAAAAAUCAAUAUCAAUCUUAUUUAUAUACAUGGUUACAAUAUACAAGUAUAUUUUCUUAUUCUAGUGCAAUAUUAGAUACAAUUCUAUAUGGAUUUUGGGGUAAUCGUAUUUAUCGAUUAUAUAUUAAACAUUUAUAUACACAUUGUGCCUUAUAUAAAUGUUGUAUUAAUCAAUAAAAUUGAUUAUGUAAUCAUUUUCUAAAUGAUUACAUAUCGAUCUUUUCUAUUGUUUAUUCUCUUUUAUAAAAAGAUUCAUAAAGAUGUUUGAAUAGGCCACCUAUCAGCAUUCGCUAUUCAACCCUGUCUUGAUUAAUUACAUAACGCCUGUUACUCUUCGUGAAGGAGCACAGGCCGCUUACCAGUAUUCUCCAUCCAAACCUGUUCUGAACAAUCCUUUCUAUCUAUUUCUCGAUGUAAUGUGUUCUUUGACCUUCCUUUUUUCCUCUUCCAUUCAAGAUUCCAAGUUAGCACUUGUAUUGUGAUGCAGUUUGAUGAUUUGCGUAAUAUAUGUCUUAUCCAUUUCCAUUUUCUUUUCCUAGUUUCCUCUUCAGCUAGAAGCUGGUUUGUUCUCUCCCACAGAAGGCUGUUGCUGAUAGUAUCCGGUCAAUGGAUGUUGAAUAAAUAAAUACUUUAUAAAUACUUUGCAUUCUUGACGAUCGUUAUGGUAGUUCUCCACGUUUCAUCUCUAUACAGUAGAAAUGUCUUGACGUUCGUAUUAAAAGAUUGUGACUUUGAUAUUGAUUGACAGACAGUUGUUUUGAGUUUCAUAUGUUCUUCAAUUGUAGGAAUGCGGCUCUUGCUUUGCCAAUUCUAUUCAAGAUGGUUAGAAACUUUAAAUGAUAUGAAUCAAAAUCAUUCAAUCUUUAUGUUCUCCUAACUUCUUUUUUCUAAAUUUAUUUCAAUAGAUUAUACUCUUUGAAUAAUAUCUUCAUAACUUAAUCUUUUCGAUGACUGUUUAUACUUUUACUAUUUCUAUCACUAUGAGAUUUGAAUUGACAAUUGUAUCUCUGUAUUAAUGUGGUAUGACAACUCAAACUGAUGUACGUACAUACGCAGUUUUACAUUGUUACUGACUGACUAACUGACUAACUGAUUCAUAAAUAUAUGUAAACAUCUAUCAUUAUCUAUUAUCAACUAAUUGAUUCUUAAUAAUAUCUUCUUUGUCUCCUUCGACGACCCCUCCCUCCCUCCCUCUCUCUCUCUCUCACACACACACAUAAACACAUGUUUGUAACUAGUCGUUAUACUGCGAAAUUUUACAAUAUAGUACAAUUUUUAAAGUUAUUUAUAUCAUUCUUUUUCUUAUCAUUAUUACUGUUAUUACAAGCCAGAGAAUAGACAUUGAAUUAUAUAUUGUUGAAUAUAAAUGAAAAGGUCAUGUCGUUUUUCUUUCUUUUUUUGUCACUUUUCUCUCUUUUGUUUUUCUUUAUUUUUUUUCUUUUUCACGUUUCUUUAUUAAAG